CUCCACUCUCUAAAUCCUCAAUCAAUUGAUCAAUCAAUCAUUUCAAGGAAAGAAGCUUUGUUCUCUCUAAACUCUCAUCGUCUCUGUUUACGCUCAUUCUUCUUCUUUCUCUCUGUUUGGUUCCUGAGUAUAAUCAGAGCCACGGAGAUUCUUCAAAGGUUCUUCCUUGCCACUGGAUUGCUUACACUCAGCAAAGUUGAAGUUUUUCUGCUCAGUUUCUGUUGAUUGUUGAAAAAAGUUAUUCAAUCCAGCAGCUGCAUAGAAGUGCUUUGUUUUUACCCCAUUGAUAUGGCCACUAAUGAAAAUCUUCCGCCAAACGUUAUAAAGCAACUUGCAAAGGAGUUGAAGAGCCUAGAUGAAUCCCCUCCUGAAGGCAUAAAAGUAGGUGUUAACGAUGAUGACUUCUCAACAAUAUUUGCUGAUAUUGAAGGCCCAGUCGGGACUCCCUAUGAGAAUGGUCUCUUUCGCAUGAAGUUGAUAUUGUCUCAUGAUUUCCCAUGUUCUCCUCCCAAAGGUUACUUCCUUACAAAGAUCUUUCAUCCGAACAUUGCAACCAAUGGUGAGAUUUGUGUCAACACUUUGAAGAAGGAUUGGAAUCCAAGCCUCGGAUUGCGACAUGUUCUAAUUGUUGUUAGGUGUCUACUGAUUGAACCGUUUCCAGAAUCGGCUUUGAAUGAACAAGCUGGCAAGAUGCUGCUUGAAAAUUAUGAUGAGUAUGCCAGACAUGCCAGGCUCUAUACAGGAAUCCAUGCAAAGCCAAAACCGAAAUUCAAGACUGGAGCCAUCUCGGAGUCCACAACCGCCCUCAAUGUCGACCCGAUAAAUACGUCGGCACUUAAUACAGAUCUGAUAAACACAUCUGCUGCAUUGCCUUUGGCAUGUCCAACGGCCCAUUCUAAUACUGCAGUCAGAGGUGGUCAGGAGCAACAGCAGCCAAAUGUUGUUUCGACACCAGCCUCGGAAUCAGGAGUUGGGGGCUCCGGGGGGGCGGUUGCAGCAGUGGUCAAGAAGGAAGCUGGACCGUUAAAAAUGCAGAGUGACAAGAAGAAGAUAGAUGCAAGAAAGAAAAGCUUGAAGAGAUUGUGAUGUUAUAUUAAAUGAGUGAAAAUGUCAAAUUAAUGGCCAGCUUUUUAAGGUUAGCUCUCUUGUUCAAUAAUGGUGGGCGCUUUAGAAAAAAAGAAUUUAGAACUGAGAGUUAAAAGAAGUGUUGUGCAACCAACUUGUAAGGAACACAUUUUCAUUGGCUGAAUCACUUACGGAGUUGACUUCUUCCUUCAACAUUUCCUUUUCCUUUUAAAUAUUUCCAUUAAAAAUAAAUGUUUGCAUAAAUUUUGCUUA